AUGGACCCGGAAGGCUCUGAAUUAAGAAAAGCACACCGCCUGAGGAGGAGGAUUUAUCAAAACCCAGGUCCAAACUACUCAUGGCAUUGCGAUGGCUAUGAUAAACUGAAACCAUUCAGUUUUCCGAUUUAUGGUUGCAGGAGCAGGAAGAUCAUCUGGUUAUAUGUAACGCGAUCCAAUAACCAGCCAAACAACGUAGCAGCCUAUUUUCUUGAUGCUGUUGGAGAGUAUUGUGGAUGCCCAGUUGAUCUCGUUACUGAUCUGGGUACUGAAAAUGGAAUUAUUGCGGCCAUACAGUCUUUUUUCAGCGAUGACCCAGAUAGCCAUAGAUAUGUGCCAUCACCUCGAAACUAA